AUGAAGGACGCAUCAUGCAGCACAGGUUCUCCCGCGCCAUUGAUGGCGGCGUGGAAUACCGACUUGCAAGUGCACUUAAUCGUGGGUUCUAAUCCUCUUGCUGCUGCGAGAUGUGCGAAAGCCCUUGAAGUCGGCGCGCAACCGAUCAUUAUUGCGCCGGAGACUGUGGACAUGCAUUACACUCUAUCUGAGCAAAUUUCCAAGGGCUCUGCUCAAUGGGUGCGUCGUGAGUUCCAAGAUAGUGACUUGACCACCUUGGGGAGAGAAGAGGUCGACCACGUUGUGGACUUGGUCUUUGUCACCUUAGGUGGAAAUAACCCGCUGAGCUCCCACAUCUCGAAGCUCUGCCGGCGUCUAAGAAUCCCUGUCAAUGUGUCAGAUGCUCCCGAACUCUGCUCAUUCACCCUACUCUCCACCUACUCGGAUGGACCCCUCCAUAUUGGAAUCACAACCUCAGGUCGUGGCUGCAAGCUUGCAUCCCGCCUGCGCAGGGAGAUUGCUGCUUUCCUACCACAGAACCUCGGCACGGCAAUUGACAGAAUAGGUGCCGUGCGCAGGCGGCUGUGGGAAGAAGACAACGCGGCCGGGUCAGGUGGUGCCACAUAUGAGGGAGAAGACGAUGAUACAACAGGUCAAAACCACACUUUCAACACUCUGGUUACAGAAGGAGACGCCGCAGCAGCGAAAACGAGGAGAAUGCGGUGGUUGUCACAGAUCUGUGAAUACUGGCCUCUGCGAAAGCUCGUCUCUAUCACCGAUGCCGACAUGGAUGCCAUCCUGGAGGCCUAUUCGACUGGAAAGGAGAAUGUGCAAGACACAAAUGGCAUCGAAACUCCUUCAAGGAAAGGAAAAAUCGUUCUCGCUGGCUCGGGUCCCGGUCAUCCAGACUUGCUCACGCGCGCCACGUAUCACGCAAUCCACAAGGCCGAUAUCAUCCUCGCAGACAAGCUCGUCCCCGCACCGGUGCUGGAUCUGAUCCCCCGUCGAACAGAAGUGCACAUUGCACGCAAGUUCCCCGGCAACGCAGACCAAGCCCAAGAGGAGUUCCUGCAGAUGGGUCUUGCAGCUUUGCAAAAGGGACGCCAGGUCCUUCGCUUGAAGCAAGGAGACCCUUAUCUGUACGGCCGUGGAGCAGAAGAGUUCGAGUUCUUCAGGAAAGAGGGAUAUUCACCUGUCGUGUUGCCUGGUAUCACCAGUGCCAUGAGCGCAUCUCUCUUCGCUGAUAUCCCCGCUACCCACCGCGGCGUCUCCGACCAGGUCCUCGUAUGCACGGGAACUGGCAGAAAGGGUGCAGCUCCAAACCCCCCUACCUACGUACCUACCCAGACAGUGGUGUUCCUGAUGGCUCUCCACCGACUCUCUGCUCUCGUAGAGUCUCUCACCACCUUCCCGGAUGAUGCUGGUUCUCAAUCGCGCAUUCUCUGGCCUAAGGAGACACCCUGUGCGAUUGUUGAGCGCGCAUCAUGCCCAGACCAGCGCGUCAUUCGCUCGACCCUCGAGCAUGUCUGCUUGGCAUUUGAAGAGGCAGGAUCGCGACCACCCGGUUUGCUGGUGGUUGGAGCCAGUUGUCACGUAUUGCAUAAUCCUCAAGGCCAAAAAUGGGUAAUUGAGGAAGGAUUCCAUGGACUGGAUGAGCUGCGCAGCGAAGUGGACGCGGUUGCAGUCUCAGGGGAAGAAGAGAAGCAGUGA